ACGCCUCCUCCGGCUUGCCGUAGAAAGCGAAAGUCUCCUGAAUGAGAAUGUCAUAUGUCAAGCUGGUGUCGCUGUAUGUCGCCGCUCCGGGGCUCAGCGGCCUGCUGAGCGGCUCCGUGCUGCUGGCUGCCAGCGAGCCGAAGAAGAAGAGCCUGCAGCCUGCUCUGAGCAUCGAUGAGCUGCCGUCGUUGUACACCAGCCCGGAGCCCCCAGAGGCUCAGUACGUGGAGCCGGAGGCCGGGCCGCUGGAGCAGAGCGUCUCGUCUCUGAGGAAACUGGCAGAACCGUACACGAGCCAGUGCCAGCAAACGGGUCAAGCUGUAAUGGAGAAAGUUGAGAAAGUUUAUAAGACUGUGGAGCCCAAAAUCAGCACGUCCAUAACAACAGUCACAGAUGUUUAUCAGUUCCUCAGUGACCCCCCUCCUGACCUCUACCCCAGUGUAGGGGUGGUGGGCUUCUCUGGCUUCCUGGGGCUUUAUUUGGCCAAAGGCUCCAGGGUGAAGCAGCUGGUUUUUCCUGUCGGCCUCAUGGCUCUGACGGCCUCCAUGUUCUACCCUCAGCAGGCUGCGUCGCUACUCAAGGGGGGUCGGGACUCUGCGGUCAGCUGGGCUCAGCAGGGCCGCAGCAGCCUGGAGACGCUCUGGAAAGAUCCUCCGUUUGCUAAAAACAAGGAGAAGAAAGAGCAAACAGAGAGCAACGACUCCAGCAGCUGAGACGGAGAGAAGACACACAGUAACACACACACACACACACCUGCUGAGAAACACACACACACACACACACACACACACACACACACACACACACACACGGCCACAAAUCAGGACUUUUAUUUAAGUUCAACAUCACACAAACAAACGUGUGUGUGUGAAUCUCCUCCUGCCUCUUCAGUCAUUCCUCAACACACACACACCUUCUCAAGAAGCAGGCUUCUCACAUCAGUCCCUAUUCCAGUUUUUUUUCUCCUCCUCCUCCUCCUCUUCUUCUUUUCUUUUCCUGUUCCUCCUCCUAUUUCACCUCCUCCUCGACCACCACCUCUAUAUUCAUUCUCCUCCUUUUUUCUUCUUCUUUUCUUUUAUUCAUUCUCCUCCUUCUUCUCCCCUUCCUCCUCCUCCUGUUCCUCCUUUUUACUCCUCCUCCUCUUCCUACUCCUCCUCUUCUACCUCCUCCUCUUUACUCCUCCUCCCCUUUCUCUUCUUGCUUCUCCUUCUCCUCUUCCCUUUUACUCCUCCUCCUCUUUACUCCUCCUGCUCCUCUUCUUCCUCCUCCUCUUUUACUCCUCUUCCUCCUCCUCCCUCCUCCUCCUCCUCGUCCUCCUCUUCCUCCUCUUCCACCUCCCGCUCCUCUUCCUACUCUUUACUCCUCCUCCUCCUCCUCUAAUCAUCCCUCAGCUCCUCUAGUUGCUGUUUGUCACAGAGUUGUUCCAGUUUCUGCAGUGAAACUUUACUAAUAUCAGCCACACACACUUCCUCCUCCUCCUCCUCCUCCUCCUCCUCCUCCUCCUCCUCCUCCUCCUCCUUCUCCUCCUCCUCUUUGGUGAAGCUGCUACAGAGGCUGUUAAAGGUCGUUUCUUAAACAAAAAUGCAUCACAAAUGUCUUUUUCUUGUCUUACUUGAUACUAAACUGACUGUCUUUGGGUUAAAAUCAGUUAAAAGACGUCACCUUGGACAUUUUUAAAUUAUUUUCUGACCUUUCUUUUUAUUAAUCAAUCAAAACAAAUUAAUCUAUAAUGAAAAUAAUACUGCAAAUGAGUUGCAUCCCAGAAGGAAACAUUCCCAGUUUCUGUCUCUGCUACUGAGAAUAUUUAUGUUUCAGUCUUUUUGUAAGCAGAAUAUCUCAAAACUCGUGAACAGAGUUUGAAGAAAGUGAGUUUAAUGAAAAAGAUUUGACAUUUCUGGAACAUUUUGCUUUUAAUUAUAACACAUUUAGAGGAUAAUGCAGCUUUUAUGAGUGUUUUCUAGUUACAACACACCAUAUUUAAUCUGGUUCAGGUUACAAACACUGUUUCUAUAAGACUUUUGGAAAAUACACAUUUAUUUAGUUGCUGAGAGUUUGGUGAGAAGUUGAAACCAGCAGCUUAGUUAGCCUAGCACAGAAAACUGUAAACAGGCGGAAACAGCUAGCCUGGCUCUGUCUUAGUGUGUGAAAUGUUUUCAUGAGAGCAGUUUCAGGGCGUUUUUCUCUCUUUCCUGUCUCAUUUUACGCACUGUGGCUUUUUUCUGCUUCUUUUUUUACUGCAAUACACAAGUCCUGUACCACUAUGGAAACAAGAACCUUGAUGUCUUUAGUGCAGAACAACAGUUGUUAUGCUAUUAAUCAUAAAAAAAAACCCAGAAAAAACAAGUAAAAAUUAAAUCUAUAUAAUUUUUUUUUUCUGUGGGGCUCUACAAGCUUUACAUAUUGAAAUAUUUACAUUUUUCACAAAAAACUCACAAAUCAACAGGAAAAAAACUCACAAACAGCAUCUCCUGUCCUCUCCUCUCUGCUCUGUGUAAACAGCCUCUCCUGUCCUCUCCUCUCUGCUCUGUGUAAACAGCCUCUCCUGUCCUCUCCUCUCAGCUCUGUGUAAACAGCCUCUCCUGUCCUCUCCUCUCUGCUCUGUGUAAACAGCCUCUCCUGUCCUCUCCUCUCUGCUCUGUGUAAACAGCCUCUCCUGUCCUCUCCUCUCAGCUCUGUGUAAACAGCCUCUCCUGUCCUCUCCUCUCUGCUCUGUGUAAACAGAUUCCCAGUGAAUAUUUGUCACGUGACCGUUGGUCUCAGCAGAAUCAAUCAUGUCUUCACAGAGUCUCUGAGGAGCAGAAUUUAAUGUUUAUUUAUGUUUUUAACGGGAUCUGGUUUAUUUUCACGAAAUUUGAAUGACACAUAUCAGAAAUAUCCUAAUUUUAAGCUGAGAUUUGGUUAUUUUUCAUAACAGAAGCAUUGGUCACAUGUGACUCAUUCAUGGACUGCCAGAAAAUUUGAAAAGUAGAUGAUUAUUUCUGUUUUUACAGAUUCUGAUUAUGAUAAAUGGUAUGUUUUUUGUGUUUCUUCAAACCCGCCUGCUGCUUUUGGGCUUCAGAAAGUUAGAGUUGCUGGUAGGCGUGUUUAGUUACCAGGUUAGCUGUUUCCUGUGUUUUCAGCCUCCAUGCUAAGCUAAGCUAACCAGCUGCUAGCUGCCACCUUAAAUAUAUAUUAUAUCAUAAGGAUAUAAGAGUGCAUCACUUUUGUUAUCUAACUCUCUGGGAGAAAGUGUUUUUUGUGUGUGUAUUACAUAAAAUGUCGACCUGUUCCUUUAAGCCUUCCCUCUGCUUUAUAGAGAGCUGUAAUUUAUUACUUUGUUAAUAAUUAUUCAACACCAUGACAGCUGUGAGCUGAUAUCUGAUAUCUCAGUUGUUUCAUCUUCUCUCAGUAAAAUAUCUGCAGGAAAAUCACUCAUCAUAAUUAUUCACGUCGCAGUUUGAUGCUUAUUAUACCACAGUUCUACAGUAAAGGGCCAAAUAAUAUUAUGAUGAUUAAUGAUCUGAAUGUGUGUGUUGUCCAUGUCUAAUAAUAAUGCACUGUAUAUAAUGUAUAAGGUUUUAUGUUAAUGCCAUGUAAUUAAAUCUAACAUCUGACAGAGAAAACGGCUUUCUUCAUCCA